GCGCCAGUAAAAGAUACAGGACCCCUCAGCGAAUCCGGAGUGGAAAGGUGUGCUUUCUUGUUGAUUUAUGUAAAGAAUCUGCCGCUAAUCGAAGAAUAAACGGUUGACAGCUGAUAUCUGUGAUGAAGUAGGGAAUUGGCAUGGCUACUACUGAAAAUACAGAAUCGGGUUCACCGGAGAACAGAGUGGAUCGCAAAGCACCAGUCAAUUUGGAUGCAAAGUACCCCCUGAGAGUGCUCUACUGUGGAAUUUGCUCCUUGCCAACAGAGUACUGUGAAUAUAUGCCUGAACCAGCAAAAUGUAGACAGUGGCUUGAGAAGAAUUUCCCCGACGAAUUUAAACGGCUAAGCUUAGGUAAUUCUCCAAAACAAGAUGCAGGAGACGGAGACGCACCAACUGCUGGUGAGGAAGAAGAGAAGAAGAAACAGAAACGAGGUGGAAGAGGUCAAAUUAAACAGAAGAAAAAGACGGUACCGCAGAAAGUAACAAUAGCCAAAAUUCCUAGAGCAAAGAAGAAAUAUGUCACAAGAGUGUGUGGUUUGGCAACAUUUGAAAUUGAUCUUAAAGAAGCACAGAGGUUUUUUGCUCAGAAAUUCUCUUGUGGCGCUUCAGUGACAGCAGAGGAUGAGAUUAUCAUUCAGGGAGAUUUUACAGAUGAUAUCAUUGAGGUCAUUCAGGAGAAAUGGCCUGAGGUGGAUGACGACAGCAUUGAAGAUCUUGGCGAAGUAAAGAAAUAGCUCCUGAUUAAAAAAGAGUUGGGAAGUGAAAUGAACACCUGGCCAAACAGUGAGCCCCACAUGCAGACACACACACAUUCACUCACUCGGUCUCUGUCUCAGUAGACAUUUUAUAUAAGCCGUGGACUGAUCCCACUUAGGCAUUUUCAUUUCCCUAGAGCUGCUUUCCUCUUGGUUUGCCAAAGGCCUACAGUAAUCGUGAAUUACUCCAGAAAUGCACUAAGAUCAUCUUUACACAAAUAAAAAUUCAUUUUUGGUUUACAGUGUGAAA